UUGAAAGUAGCUAACUACAUCAGCAACUCAAAAGAUCAACACAUCAAACUCGUAAAGUCAUACCAGCUGAAAAACAAACAAAGUCAUUUAAGAUCCAUAUUUAAAGAUGCCAAGAAGUACACAGAAGAACCAAGGAUACAAUGUGAUUUUGAUGACAAUGCCACAGUCUUAAGAAAUGGUGACCAAGAUAUGUGUGUAAGCGAUAAGGAACCUCAGAAAGCAAAGAGCAUUAUAAACAAGGUGAACACUGACAGACGCAUUAAAGAUCUACAAAACCAACUGUGGGUUGGUAAAUUUGUGACCCAACAUUGGAGUGAUUCUCAAAUAUCAAAUAAUUCAUACGACAUCCUUAAACAGUGGAAGAACAUCCUUGACACCAUAAUGUCAAUCAACACAAGUAUCAGACAACAACUCCUGAAUACCAAGACCUACAGAUCCCAGAAGGUAUAUGAACAAGUAGAGGACCUGUUCUGCCUACUCUGGUUUGAGAAACAGGAGACUGUAUCACAUGUACUUUGUGGCUGUUCACGUAUAGCUCAGUCACUAUACAAAACUCAGUAUAACAAAAUCCGCUGCCCUGUCUAUCAUGCUCUUCGCGAAAAAUAUGGAUUUGAUGAGUCUGAUUAUUCUUCUCCGUGGUUCAUGCAAUCACAUACACUACCAAGCCAAGAAAACAACAAAGUAAAGAUAUUUUGGGACAUACCAUGGCAACUUGAAAAAUGUCCUAAGGACAGUGCAAACAAUACAAACAAGCCAGACGUUAGUAUCCUUGACAAGAAAUACAAAGAAUGGUCUCUCAUGGAAGGUACGAUAUCUACUCCAGGAACAAUUGCUGAAAUAAUCAAGUACAAACAGAACAAGUAUGUAGACCUUAAACUGGGGAUAAAGAACUUGUAUCUCGGUUAUAAAGUGAAGCUUAUCACCAUAGUAUUUGAAUAUCUUGGUGCAUACGACAAAGACCUGGAUAAAGAACUGAAUAUUUACUUAUUUUUUUUGGGCUGA